AUGGGGCUCUGUGUCCUCGCCCUGCUCUCCGCCCCCCUCCUGGCCCUGCAGGUGAUCUCAGCGGAAGGCCUGAAGGAGGCCGGGGACAGCCGCGUCAGCAAAGCCGAGACAGGGAACGCAAACUCCCGAAGAGACUCGGGUGGCACACGGAAGUCGGGCACACAAGCGCCUGCCAAAGGCCAUUUUGUCAGCCCUGAGCGGGCGGCCUGCAGGUGGACGGUGACCGAGCAGAGUAAGGGCAUCGCCCUGAAGGUCGCGUGCGCCCAAGAGGACGUCAGGUUCUCCUGUGUCUUCACCAGCAAGCCCAGCGCCUGCCUGGGGCUGAACCGUAGAAAGACGUACUGGAAACCGAUCAGACGGAGCCUGCGCUCUCAGAGGGCCAUCUGUGAGGACGCCCAGAGUGCACUCAAAGCCCAGGUGUGCAGAAAGAACUUUCUAGAAUCCAGUCUCAAGCUAGUGAACUCCACCCUGAUUAGGAAGAAGCCGGGUACCACCACGGAACCCAACCAGGCAAAACCGUUUACCGCCACGGAGCUGGCCAAGGUCAAUGAGAGCACGCCCUCGAAAGCAGCCGAGAUGCAGCCUGGGGCCACCAACGACCCCCAGUGUCUGGAGGACCCGGAUGUGGUCACCCAGAGGAAGGUGGCCUUAGAGUACUGUGGGGAAGCCUGGAGCUCACUCUGCCACUUCUUCAUUGCCAUGGUACAGGGCAGCUCAUGCUAA